AUGCAGUUGCACCUUGUUGCUCGCAUGCGUGCGCAGGCCAAGUCCGCUCUGGCUAUCGAAAAGGAGCAGGAGGCACUGCUGGCCAAGAAGGCUCUGGCUAAGGAGGGCAAGGGGCAGCUCGGCGGCCCCACCGUGUCAAUGGAGGAGGCGCUGCCGCCGCGCACCUCGCCGGUUGGGCCCGCAACCAUCACUUCACAUCGGGCGGCUUCCAAGCUGGAGGGCGCAGUAGCGGACCCCAUGGCUUGA